GUUGAACUGUUUCAAGCCUUUUGUUAAUACUGGUCUGCUGUUCACUACCUACUGUGUAGUGUUAGGCGAAAACACACAAGUCUUGAUUUGUACUGUUUGAGAAGAAUAAAUUAGACUACAGCGCAGAGAUGAUAAUGGGAACUGCAGAUGCUGGAGAAUCCAAGAUAAUAAAAAGUGUGAAGCUGGAUGAACACAGCAGGCCAAGCAGCAUCUCAGGAGCACAAAAGCUGACGUUUCGGGCCUAGACCCUUCAUUGAGGGGUCCAUACCAGAUUUAGGCCAUUCAGCUUAUUGUGCCUGCUCCACCAUUCAAUCAUGGCUGAUAUGCUUCUGAAAUCCACUCUCCUGCCUUUUCCCUGUAACCCUUGAUCCCCUAAUUAAUCAAAACCUAUCUCUCUCUGCCUUAAGAGAUAGUAGGAACUGCCAAUGCUGGAGAAUCGGAGAUAACACGGUGUGAAGCAGGAACCUUACCGCAAGAGUCCUAUUCAUUUCCCUGCCUGUAUUGCAUCUAGGAUUUGUAAUAGCUGCUUGCAAUUCAUGUUGUCUGUUUCUCUACACAAUAUAAAAUCUCAAUCUUGGUGAAUGCUUCAGCUCUUCUAAUGUUAUCAAGCAGCUGUCCUAAUGAGAUUGGACUGAUGGCUGACAAACCGAAGAAAAACAAAAAAAAGCUGCAAGCACAACCGAGGGUAUCAAGCUUGGAAACAGAUUCCACAUUGCCUGAGAUUCAGCAGAAGGAGAAAACUCUGCAACUCACCAGGUCAGUAGCCUUUGAUCUGUCUAGUACAAAAAACGAAGAUGAGCCAUUUACUGGGCGAAGACGAUCCUCCUGUGCUUCUGUUGUCAAGUUAAAUGCCACGUUUUACAAACAAUUUAAAGACAUAAAUGAGAAUGUGAUUGACAGUUUCAAAUGUGCCUUGCAUAAGGAAGUCCCAUACCAUGGCAAGAUGUAUGUGUCUGACAACUAUAUCUGUUUCUACAGCAACAUAUUGAAAGAAAUAAAGCUCAUUGUUCCUGUCACAAUAGUGAUUGCAUUGAAGAAGCAGAAUACCGCUCUCCUUGUCCCCAAUGCCUUGUGUAUCAAGACGAAAGAAGGAGAGAAGCAUCUGUUCGGAUCAUUACGGUCAAGGGAUGUGACAUUUAAAGUUCUGAAGAGCAUUUGUACCCAUCUUGAGAAUGGAAGUCCCACUAAUAGCCCUCGGAUUUCAAUAAACGAAAGCAGUUUUAGUACAGACUCCAAAAAUUCUCAGGAGUAUCGGUCCAGCUUUGAACAAAAAUGCUCAGAUCUGAACUCUAUUGAUUGUGUCGAUGCUGCCCCAGAGCCAAUACCAAAUACAAAUUUUGCUGACACAGAUGAGAAUGGGACCCUCCUUUGUAAGGAGAGCAAAGAACAAGAUGAUCAGCCUGAAGAAAGAACUUCAUGCUACAUUGGUAAUUCCUGGUUCCAGAAAGUGAUGAAAAGGAUGAAAUCAUUUGUUGCAUUUCAUGAAUCGACCACUUUUAACACACUCAUUAUCAUCUAUGUGCUGCUAGUACUACUAUUGCUGAUCUCUUCUGGUUACAUUGGCUUCAGAAUUGUGGCCCUAGAGGAGCAGCUGAUGUCUAUGGGGGCCUGGCCAGAGCUCCAUACGCACAAUCAAUAUAGAAAAACAUGAAGGUAGAAGAAUAACUGUGAGCAGCACCAUCUGUGUGUCCAAGGACUCCGAUCUGCUCAGAUGACUCUACAACAGGAUUAUGUGAAUUUCACUGUUUCACACAAAGCUUUCGGGCACCAGGGGAUAAUGUGUCUGUUGACUGUCAAAAAGAGCGAUAGUCUAAACUUUGUUUUUAGUCUGUAACAAACUAAAUGUUUUAGUGGUGCCCUCUUUGUACAGAGGGGGCACUUGUCAGAAAUUUGAUUAUUUUGUGGCAAGUACCACCUAUCAAUUCUAGAAAAGUGGAAACAUUUGGAAAUAGUGCAAUGAUUUUAAGUUGUUCCAGCCAGUAAACUCAGGAUUUAUCACUGAUUUGCCUCUCAGGUGACUAGCUGCUACUAUAAGAUGAUCUUGUGAACUAGCUAGCAUUGAAAGUAACCUUGAACCUUUUUGAUUUGAAAAUUUCAUGCUGUAAACAAUGUUUACACACACUGUUGUAUGAAAAAACAGUCCAUGACUUGCAUGAUUGGUUUGAUGUAGUACAAGGCAGAAGACACAAUCCAAGCUACUUUUCAAGCUUAAGCAUUAGGCACUCUGUAAGUUGGUCUCUAAGGUAAAUGACUGCAGAAUGGUAUAACUGGAAUUUGUGUGAGAUUAAUGAGAGCUGACUCAGUUUAUUCUGAUUUAAUGUCAUUGUGUUUUGACAGUGUAAUUUGUGCAGUACUCUAUCCCUGCAGUGUAUAAAAUUUAACAAAGGACAACUGUUAUAGCUGGUAGCAAAAGGCUGUGUAGGUGUAAACAAGAAUCUGUUACAGUUUUUCCAACACAUGAAAGAGUUCAUAUGCAGUACUGUCUUCAUUCAGAAAUAUCACAAAAAUAAAUAACUUUUAUGAGCUGAGCUUCAGUGGUUUGUUUCUUUGAAACAGGCCAUACAAUAUUUUGAUUAUCUUAACAUUGCAAUAUUGUACACUUUAGAGCUACCCUGUAUUAAAUUUGCAAUUGAUGUUGCAUACUGAUUUGGACAACAACAUUGUACAGCAGACGGUCAGGUCUCACCAGAUGGUGAGUUAUAAUCCCAAUCACAUGCUUUACUACUUUAUUACAGUCCCUCCUGCUCCUCUCUUUUUUGUUUUGUUCUGUUAUCGUUUGAUUUCUUCUUUCCCCUCCUCUUACUCUUGCCCUACCCCAGGCCUUCCCUUUUCCCUCCCCACCACCAUCUUUCCAUAUCAUCGCAUUUCUACCUUUUAUUCAAUUCUAAAGUCAAAUUCACCUUGAAGCAUUUACUCUCUCUCCCUCUGUGGAUACAUCUGGAACUGCUGGAUUCUUCCAGAAUUUAGUUUUUUUCUGGUUUUCAGCAUCCACAGUAUUUUGCUUUUAAUUUUUUACUUGUUUUGUUCCUUGAAUGUAUCCACAAUAUAAUCUCGUCUUUAUGGGUGAUAAUACAAUAUGCAUAGGAGAUAAACCUUUAACUUUGACUGUUGUGUAACAACAUAGACAUUGAGCUGCUAGUUGUCGAAGUUAAACAUUCUAACAUUGACACACUCCCUGUCAGUGAAGACACAUGGUUCUCCAUAAUUAUCAAAAUCAAAACAUUUUGACAACAGGAAAUCUAAAUCUACAGUCAAACCCAAACCGCAAGCAGCAAUGAAUCCAAACCGAACGGAUAAAAGCAACAAUUAAUGGAAUUAUACUGUAUGUUCAUCUUUAUCCUAGAAGAUUUGUUCUUAGUGAGUCAUUUUCUAAUUAAUUAAUUUAACCUAACUGUUGUGAAGUGGCGUCUGAUUUACUGUGUACUUUCAAUUUUAUCAUAAUUUAUUUUCUAUUUAUAGCUCAUGGCAUGUAAAUAAUUGAGAGUUUAAUGAACUCAAUCUGACAGCAUAUUAUCUAUUGAAUUUAUUACAUUGUCAGGUGUUGUGGAUCUUUCAUUUUAAUUCUGUAAUCUAGAGAGACUGGUAAUUUGCAGCAUAUUGCAAUUAUUUGUAUACUGAAAUGUUCAGAAUUGUACAAUCUUUAUUAUUUUGUACUUAUUUUAACGAGUGUUGGUGACCAUGUUGAGAGUUAUGAUUGUUCGUUUUAUUUGUAUUUUCAUCACAAUUUGGCAUAUAUUGCCAUCACGAUUUUUCAGUAUGUAUUUAUCAUUUAUUACAGAUUUCCUAGUCCUUCAUUUUAUCAAGACAAAGCAAUCUAGCAUGAUGUUUAAGGGACAGUGUCAAAGGGUGUGGUAGACUUGCUUUUGAUCCAUUAAAAGCUGGUUAGUGUUAUCUGAACCUUGUGUAUAGUAACCACAUAUCUUACUCCCACAUGUCAUUAUUGGUUUCAGUUUCUCACAUGGACUAUUGAAGCAGGGAAAAUAAGUAGAAACAGAAGGCUUUUGGAAGUGCCUCCACAUUAGUUCCAGUAAGAAGAAUAGUCACGAGCUGACGUGACAUAUAUUUUCAUUAAUAAUUUUCUAUAAUGACAGUUAUGUGGGUGCGUUCACAGCAUGCUCUCUCAAAUAGAGCUGUGACGUUUUUUCCUCCUUUUGCGUUUGUAGAAAGACCACAUUGUUCCUUGCAUUUAUGAAUCGCCCUCAGUCCUAAAGGCACAUGACAGCCAAUAAGCCUCUGCAGGUUGAUUUUUACAACUAUUAAUUUAUAUGCCAAAGACUCAAAAGGAGGAAACAUCUAAACAGCAGAAGUGUUCGGGAAUAAUUUCCCACUACAGAUUAGAUUCCCUACAGUGUGGAAACAGACCCUUCGGCCCAACAUGUCCACACAGCCCCUUGCAGCAUCCCUCCCAGACCCAUCCCCCUAUAACCCACACAUCCCUGAACACUACGGGCAAUUUAGCAUGGCCGAUUCACCUAGCCUGCACAUCUUUGGACCGGGGGAGGAAACCGGAGCACCCGGAGGAAACUCCCACAGACAUGGGGAGAAUGUGCAAACUCCGCACAGACAGUUACCCGAGGCUGGAAUCGAACCCGGGUCCCUGGCGCUGUGAGGCUGCAGUGCUAACCACUGAGCUACCGUGCCGCUGUGCAUUAGUAGUAAUGAACUGAUGUAAGGGACACAGUUUGUGUGGAGGAUGAUAAAUAUAAAUCUGACCUUAUCUGAGAAAUUACCCAGAUUCUUCUUCAAACAAUAAAGCAAUUCUCUCUCGCUCUCUCCGGACCAUUUUCACCAAUUUUCAUUGCCAGAAUGGUGCAAGAAAGAUAUAAAUGACGCAGGAAACCUGUCUCUUUACUUGGUUUCAAAUCAUUAAUGUUACACCAAUUCUGUGCUCUCAACAUCUCACAGGAGAGUUAUUGGAAUGAUUAGGAAAAUGUGAAUAUUUUAAAAACUGUUGGUUCUCCAGAAAUAUAACUUGUCCAUUAUAUUUGUGUUUAUGCUAGUAAGAAUACACUAUCCGUAUUUUAAUGUAUUUGAGUAAUGAGAUUCUUUGGAUUUAAAAAGGUGCUCUUGUUUUGCUUGAAGAGGAAUGUUGGAAUGAUUGUAUCAAAUCUGCACUAAU